ACUAAUCCCCGUACACCUUCGACAGCGAUUUCUGAGCACUGUAUUCAAAUUGUUAGCUGGCUAGCUAUGCAAGCUAAUAUUUAUCUAAGCAGUGUAGCUAUGUACAAAUGAAAAUGUAUUGAAUAUUCUAACCUGAUAAUAGUUGUUGCCUAGGUUUUAGUACUUUUGGUAGCUAAAUUAGCUGGUUAGUUUAGCUAGUUCCGUCUGGCUUCAGUUGUGUUGAUUGAACGACGUAGCCAGCUAACAAGGGAUUUAAAGUCGAGCGAAGCAGGAAGCAGCUUUCAAAGGAGCUGCUGACUACUGGCCUUUGGACUGUGAUGGAAAAUCGUGUGUGUCUGUAUCCCUCCUCCCUGCCGUGGACCCCAGGAGAGGUAGGGGCUGGUGGGACAGGGGCGUGGGGUAGCAUGGGACAGAAUGCCAGCAACGCUGAGACAGUGCCCCAGCAACACCAACAGCAACCUGCUCAACACAACACCGAUGAUGAGGUGGACUUGCAGCAGAGUACGACAGGGAGUGAGGGGGGUGACUCAUCAGGUGGAACCCCUCCCUCCAAACGCAAGGGCAAGUUCUCCAGCUUCGGGAAUAUGUUCAAGCCCUGGAAGUGGAGGAAGAAGAAGAGCAGCGAGACCUUUCUGGAAACCUCAAUAGUGUUGGAGAGGAAGAUCUCAGUAAGGAGACCUCGUCAGGAGCUGAUUGACAGAGGAUUGCUGAAAGAACUGCCGGAGAAUGAGGGCAACGACGUGAACCAUUCCAAAGGUCCAGUGGUGAAGAAUGGCCAGCCAGUACCUAUGGAUGUUGACCGGGUCUCAGAGACAGGGAUCAAGGUGUCCCGGGGGGAGGCAGGCCCAGGGCUCAACCCCACCUGGCUACCCCAGGGAGAGGACCCACGGCGGGGCAGCGUCCCUUCAGACGACCUCCGGAGCAGGAGCCGGGUACCCUCUGACGCCUCGCGCUCCAACCGAGCCCCACUGGACGUAGACUCACACGCCAGGCUAUCGGUCAUAGAUCUGGAGAGACGGAGUAGAGUGCCGUCUGACGUGUCAGAGAGGAGAGGAGGGUCACUACCGAGAGGACCUGCUCCGGAGGAGGGGAGGCAACGGAAAGAGGAUAAAGAGGACAAGCGAGAGGAGAGGAGAGAUGGGAGAGAGGAGAGGCGAGACGGGAAAGAGGACAAGAGAGAGGAGAGGCGAGACUGGAAAGAGAACAAGAGAGAGGAGAGGCGAGAUGGGAAAGAGGACAAGAGA